AUAUAAGUUCAAUUACAAGUACUAUAUUUGAACCAAAUUAAUAUUCAUACAUUUACAAUUCUCAACAUGAGUGGCAAGGGUAGUUCUGGAGGUGGUGGGGGUGGCAGCAAAGGUGGCGGUGGUGGGAUAGACUCAUCAAAAGGUGGAGGUGGAUUAGGUUCUGUCAUGAUGGUUGCCCCUGGCACUGGUGGCUCAUCCUCCAUCUCUAGGGGCAGUUUUGAGGGCAAUCCUGAAGGAUACUUUUCUGGUCUGCAUGGAAGUGAAAAAAGCAGCAAAUAAAUUAAAUAUCGCUGUGAUAAGAUGCUCUAUGUAUGCGUUAAAAUGGUUCUACAAGAGAUCUAUUAUAUAAAUCAUAAAUAAAAAAAUAUGUCUUUUUUCCAAUUCUUUGGUUUGUUUUUGUCGUUUUAAUUAUUAUUAUAUUUUUAUUUUGAUUUGUUCUUCGACAUUCCUUAACAUACCCUAUUUGCAUUUUACAUGGACUCAAAUGAACUCAUGAUUCAUUU